AUGGCUGAGAAACAAAAAUUGUGGGGUGGUAGAUUCACUGGUGAGACUGAUCCAUUGAUGCAUUUAUACAAUGCAUCAUUACCAUAUGAUUAUAAGAUGUACAAGGCAGAUUUAGAAGGUACUAAAGUGUACACCAGUGGUUUGCAAAAAAUUGGCUUGUUGACUGAGGAUGAAUUGAGUAAGAUUCAUGCUGGUUUGAAGCAAAUUGAACAAGAAUGGAGCGAUGGUUCGUUCGUUAGAGAAGCGGAUGACGAAGAUAUCCAUACUGCCAAUGAAAGAAGAUUGGGUGAGAUUAUUGGUCGCGGAAUUGCUGGUAAGGUCCAUACCGGUAGGUCUCGUAACGAUCAAGUGGCUACUGACAUGAGAAUAUACUGUCGUGAUAUCUUGAACGGUACUGUGUUGCCAGCUCUAUCGUCUUUGAUUAAGGUUAUCUUACAAAGAGCUGAAGAAGAGAUAGAUGUACUAAUGCCAGGGUACACCCAUUUGCAAAGAGCUCAACCAAUUAGAUGGGCUCACUGGUUGUCCUGUUAUGCGACUUAUUUCACAGAAGAUUACAAGAGACUGCAACAGAUCGUGGAAAGAUUGAACGUGUCUCCAUUGGGUGCUGGUGCCCUUGCUGGUCAUCCAUACGGCAUUGAUAGGGAGUUUUUGGCUGCAGGUUUGAAUUUCAAUGGUGUCAUUGGUAACUCUUUGACUGCAGUUGCUGAUAGAGAUUUCGUUGUUGAAAUUAUGUUCUGGGGUUCUUUGUUCAUGAACCAUAUUUCCCGUUUCGCUGAGGAUCUAAUUAUUUACUCCACAGCGGAAUUCGGUUUCAUCCAAUUGUCCGAUGCUUAUUCCACUGGUUCUUCUUUAAUGCCACAGAAGAAGAACCCAGAUUCUUUGGAACUUUUGAGAGGUAAGUCAGGUAGAGUCUUUGGUCAAUUGGCUGGUUUCUUGAUGUCUAUCAAGUCAAUCCCUUCCACGUAUAACAAGGACAUGCAAGAGGACAAAGAACCAUUAUUCGAUUGUUUGACCACUGUGGAACAUUCUAUUCUAAUUGCCACUGGUGUUAUUUCCACUUUGGCAAUUCACAAGGAGAAAAUGGAAGGUGCUCUAACAAUGGAUAUGUUAGCUACAGACCUUGCAGAUUAUCUAGUCAGAAAAGGUGUUCCAUUCAGAGAAACCCAUCAUAUCUCCGGCCAAGCCGUUGCCCUUGCUGAAUCUUUGAACGUAUCUGGUAUUGACAAGAUCAACUUGCAACAGUACAAGUCAAUUGAUGAAAGAUUCGAACAAGAUGUUUUCGAAGUGUUUAACUUCGAAAAGAGCGUUGAAAGAAGAGAUGCCACUGGUGGUACUGCCAAGGUUGCUGUUUUGAAACAAUUGAAGAAUCUAGCAUCUCAAUUAUGA